AUGGACCACAUACACGCCUUCUCGCCACUCGGACCUCCACUGAUCGGAGCCCAUUCCCAUCAAAUCCCAAUGCACAACCGUCGCCGAUCCUCAAUAGUCGCUGGUCUAGACAUUGAAGAGUUCCGCCAAGCCAAAGCUCGUCGGCAAUGCAUUACCAACAUCAAAUGCGAAUCAAGAGCAGAAGAAGAAUCCGAACCCAAAAAAUCCACCGUGCCUUCCCCAAAUCCCCAACUCCAAACCUCCAAACAAACCUCCCCCUUCCUCACCCUCCCCGCCGAACUCCGCAACAAAAUCUACACCUCCCUCUUCGAAUCCUCUGGCCCACCCCUCAUAAAACCCACCUACACCCUCCCCAACCUCUUAUGGAGCAACCGCCAAAUCUUCUCCGAAGCGAUCGGCCUCUACUACACAACCAGUCCCCCCUUCCGCUGCCUCGACGAAACCUCCACAAUCUCCUGGCUCACCACCCUCCCGAAACAAUUCCUCGACGCAAUCCCCGAAAUCCGAUACGAUACGCGUUGGAUUAUUUUCGUUACGCCUUUAAUCCCGGUUCCGGGGGCUGAGGGGUGGUUGUUUCGGGCUUUGAUUGAGAAGUUGGAGGGCAGGGGGGUGGGGGUUUGUGAGAGGGGGUUGGUUGGGAGGAGGAACGAGGUGGGGGAGUGGAGGGAGGGGAAGUUGAAGAUUAGUUAUUAUUCGAAACGGUUGGGGUGUAAGGAGAAUGGGAUUUUUUGGACGGAUAAGGUGGGGUUGGUUGAGAGUGUUACGGGGUGA